AUGUCGGAAACCAGCAGCACUCCCACCAGCAGCACAGCUCACGUCUCAACUCCCACUCCCAGCACUAUUCCAACCACUACACACACCACCACUCCAAGUACCACUCCAAACUUCACUCCCACCACCUCUGUAACCACAAAUUCCACCACCACUCCCAGCACCACUCCCAGCGCCACUCCCACAACCACUCCCAGCGCCACUCCCAGCGCCACUCCCACCACCACUCCCAGCGCCACUCCCAGCGCCACUCCAACGACCUCUCCCACCACCACUCCCACCACCUCUCCCACCACCACUCCCAGCGCCACUCCCAGCGCCACUCCAACGACCUCUUCCACCACCACUCCCACGACCUCUCCCACCACCACUCCCACGACCUCUCACACCACCACUCCCACCACCGCACCCACCACCACUCCCACCACCACUGCAACCACCACUCCCAGCACCACUCCCACCACCACUCCCAGCACGUCUCCCACCACCACUCCCAGCACCACUCCCAGCACCUCUCCCACGACAUCUCCCACCACAACUCCCACCACCACUCCCAGCACCACUCCCAGCACGACUCACACCACCACUCCCAGCACCUCUGCCACCACCACUCCCAGCACCACUCCCAGCACCUCUCCCACGACAUCUCCCACCACAACUCCCACCACCACUCCCAGCACCACUCCCAGCACCUCUCACACCACCACACCCAGCACCACUCCCAACACCUCUCCCACCACCACUCCCAGCACCACUCCCAGCACCACUCCCAGCACCACUCCCAUGACCUCUCCCACCACCACUCCCAGCACUACUCCCAGCACCACUCCCACAACCUCUCCCAGCACCACUCCCAGCACCACUCCUACCACCACUCCCAACACCACUCCCACCAGCACUGCUACCACCACUCCAACCUUCUCUCCCACGACCUCUCCCAGCACCACUCCCAGCACGACUCCCACGACCUCUCCCAGCACGACUCCCAGCACUACUCCCAGCACCACUCCCAGCACCACACCCAGCACCACUGCAACCACCACUCCAACCUUCUCUCCCACCACCUCCCCCACGACCUCUCCCAGCACCACUGUCACCACCACUCCCACGACAUCUCCCACCACAACUCCCACCACCACUCCCACCACCACACCCACCACCUCUCACAGCGCAACUCCAACGACCUCUCCCACCACCACUGCAACCACCACUCCCAGCACCACUCCCACCACCACUCCCAGCACGUCUCCCACCACCACUCCCAGCACCACUCCCAGCACCUCUCCCACGACAUCUCCCACCACAACUCCCACCACCACUCCCAGCACCACUCCCAGCACGACUCACACCACCACUCCCAGCACCUCUGCCACCACCACUCCCAGCACCACUCCCAGCACCUCUCCCACGACAUCUCCCACCACAACUCCCACCACCACUCCCAGCACCACUCCCAGCAACUCUCACACCACCACACCCAGCACCACUCCCAACACCUCUCCCACCACCACUCCCAGCACCACUCCCAGCACCACUCCCAGCACCACUCCCAUGACCUCUCCCACCACCACUCCCAGCACUACUCCCAGCACCACUCCCACAACCUCUCCCAGCACCACUCCCAGCACCACUCCUACCACCACUCCCAACACCACUCCCACCACCACUCCCAGCACCUCUCCCACGACAUCUCCCACCACAACUCCCACCACCACUCCCAGCACCACUCCCAGCACCACUCCCACCACCACUCCCAGCACCACUCCCAGCACCUCUCCCACGACAUCUCCCACCACAACUCCCACCAGCAAUCCCAGCACCACUCCCACCACCACUCCCAGCACCUCUCCCACCACCACUCCGAGCACCACUCCCAGCACCUCUCCCACGACAUCUCCCACCACAACUCCCACCACCACUCCCAGCACCACUCCCAGCACCUCUCCCACCACCACACCCAGCACCACUCCCAACACCUCCCCCACCACCACUCCCAGCACCACUCCCAGCACCACUCCCAUGACCUCUCCCACCACCACUCCCAGCACUACUCCCAGCACCACUCCCACAACCUCUCCCAGCACCACUCCCAGCACCACUCCUACCACCACUCCCAGCACCACUCCCACCAGCACUGCUACCACCACUCCAACCUUCUCUCCCACGACCUCUCCCAGCACCACUCCCAGCACCACUCCCACGACCUCUCCCAGCACGACUCCCAGCACUACUCCCAGCACCACUCCCAGCACCACACCCAGCACCACUGCAACCACCACUCCAACCUUCUCUCCCACCACCUCUCCCACGACCUCUCCCAGCACCACUGUCACCACCACUCCCACGACAUCUCCCACCACAACUCCCACCACCACUCCCACCACCACACCCACCACCUCUCACAGCGCAACUCCAACGACCUCUCCCACCACCAAUCCCACCACCACACCCACCACCACUCCAACCACCACUGAAACCACCACUCCCAGCACCACUCCCACCACCACUCCCAGCACCUCUCCCACCACCACACCCACCACCACUCCCAGCACCUCUCCCACGACAUCUCCCACCACAACUCCCACCACCACUCCCAGCACCACUCCCAGCACCACUCCCACCACCACUCCCAGCACCACUCCCAGCACCUCUCCCACGACAUCUCCCACCACAACUCCCACCAGCAAUCCCAGCACCACUCCCACCACCACUCCCAUCACCACACCCACCACCUCUCACAGCGCAACUCCAACGACCUCUCCCACCACCACUCCGACCACCUCUCCCAGCACCACUCCCACGACCUCUCCCACCACCACUCCCACCACCACACCCACCACCACUGAAACCACCACUCCCAGCACCACUCCCACCACCACUCCCAGCACCUCUCCCACCAACACACCCACCACCACUCCCAGCACCACUCCCACGACAUCUCCCACCACAACUCCCACCACCACUCCCAGCACCACUCCCAGCACCACUCCCACCACCACUCCCAGCACCACUCCCAGCACCUCUCCCACGACAUCUCCCACCACAACUCCCGCCACCACUCCCAGCACCUCUCCCACCACCACUCCCAGCACCACUCCCAGCACCUCUCCCACGACAUCUCCCACCACAACUCCCACCACCACUCCCAGCACCACUCCCAGCACCACUCCCAGCACCUCUCCCACCACCACUCCCAGCACCACUCCCAGCACCACUCCCAGCACCACUCCCAUGACCUCUCCCACCACCUCUCCCACCACCACUCCCAGCACUACUCCCAGCACCACUCCCACAACCUCUCCCAGCAACACUCUCAGCACCACUCCUACCACCACUCCCAGCACUACUCCCAGCACCACUCCCACAACCUCUCCCAGCAACACUCCCAGCACCACUCCUACCACCACUCCCAGCACCACUCCCACCACCAGUCCAACCUUCUCUCCCACCACCUCUCCAACGACCUCUCCCAGCACCACUGUCACCACCACUCCCACGACAUCUCCCACCAAAACUCCCACCACAACUCCCACCACCACACCCACCACCACUCCCAGCGCAACUCCAACGACCUCUCCCACCACCACUCCCACCACCACUCCAACCACCACUCCCACCACCACUCCCAGCACAUCUCCCACCACAACUCCCACCACCACUCCCAGCACCACUCCCAGCACCACUCCCACCACCACUCCCAGCACCACUCCCAGCACCUCUCCCACGACAUCUCCCACCACAACUCCCACCACCACUCCCAACACCACACCCACCACCACUCCCAGCGCAACUCCAACGACCUCUCCCACCACCACUCCCACCACCACUCCCACCACCACUCCAACCACCACUCCCACCACCACUCCCAGCACAUCUCCCACCACCACUCCCACCACCACACCCACCACCUCUCACAGCGCAACUCCAACGACCUCUCCCACCGCCACUCCCACCACCUCUCCCAGCACCACUCCCACGACCUCUCCCACCACCACUCCCACCACCACACCCACCACCACUCCCACCACCACUGAAACCACCACUCCCAGCACCACUCCCACCACCACUCCCAGCACCUCUCCCACCAACACACCCACCACCACUCCCAGCACCUCUCCCACGACAUCUCCCACCACAACUCCCACCACCACUCCCACCACCACUCCCAGCACCACUCACACCACCACUCCCAGCACCACUCCCAGCACCUCUCCCACGACAUCUCCCACCACAACUCCCACCACCACUCCCAGCACCUCUCCCACCACCACUCCCAGCACCACUCCCAGCACCUCUCCCACGACAUCUCCCACCACAACUCCCACCACCACUCCCAGCACCACUCCCAGCACCACUCCCAGCACCACUCACACCACCACUCCCAGCACCUCUGCCAUCACCACUCCCAGCACCACUCCCAGCACCUCUCCCACGACAUCUCCCACCACAACUCCCACCACCACUCCCAGCACCACUCCCAGCACCUCUCAGACCACCACACCCAGCACCACUCCCAUGACCUCUCCCACCACCACUCCCAGCACUACUCCCAGCACCACUCCCACAACCUCUCCCAGCACCACUCCCAGCACCACUCCUACCACCACUCCCAGCACCACUCCCACCAGCACUGCUACCACCACUCCAACCUUCUCUCCCACGACCUCUCCCAGCACCACUCCCAGCACGACUCCCACGACCUCUCCCAGCACAACUCCCAGCACUACUCCCAGCACCACUCCCAGCACCACACCCAGCACCACUGCAACCACCACUCCAACCUUCUCUCCCACCACCUCUCCCACGACCUCUCCCAGCACCACUGUCACCACCACUCCCACGACAUCUCCCACCACAACUCCCACCACCACUCCCACCACCACACCCACCACCUCUCAUAGUGCAACUCCAACGACCUCUCCCACCACCACUCCCACCACCUGUCCCAGCACCACUCCCACGACCUCUCCCACCACCAAUCCCACCACCACACCCACCACCACUCCAACCACCACUGAAACCACCACUCCCAGCACCACUCCCACCACCACUCCCAGCACCUCUCCCACCACCACACCCACCACCACUCCCAGCACCUCUCCCACGACAUCUCCCACCACAACUCCCACCACCACUCCCAGCACCACUCCCAGCACCACUCCCACCACCACUCCCAGCACCACUCCCAGCACCUCUCCCACGACAUCUCCCACCACAACUCCCACCAGCAAUCCCAGCACCACUCCCACCACCACUCCCAGCACCUCUCCCACCACCACUCCGAGCACCACUCCCAGCACCUCUCCCACGACAUCUCCCACCACAACUCCCACCACCACUCCCAGCACCACUCCCAGCACCUCUCCCACCACCACACCCAGCACCACUCCCAACACCUCCCCCACCACCACUCCCAGCACCACUCCCAGCACCACUCCCACGACCUCUCCCACCACCACUCCCAGCACUACUCCCAGCACCACUCCCACAACCUCUCCCAGCACCACUCCCAGCACCACUCCUACCACCACUCCCAGCACCACUCCCACCAGCACUGCUACCACCACUCCAACCUUCUCUCACACGACCUCUCCCACCACCACUCCCACCACCACUCCCAGCACUACUCCCAGCACCACUCCCACGACCUCUCCCACCACCACUCCCACCACCACUCCCACCACCACUCCCACGACCUCUCCCACCACCACUCCCAGCACCACUCCCAGCACCACUCCCACGACCUCUCCCUCCACCACUCCCAGCACCACUCCCAGCACCACUCCCACCACCACUGCAACCACCACUCCAACCUUCUCUCCAACCACCACUCCCACGACCUCUCCCAGCACCACUCCCAGCACCACUCCCACGACCUCUCCUUUUUCCACUCCCAGCACCACUCCCAGCACCUCUCCCAGCACCACUCCCAGCACCCCUCUCACCAACACUCCCACCACCACUCCCAGCACCACUCUCACCACCACUCCCACCACCACUCCCACCACCACUCCCACGACCUCUCCCACCACCACUCCCAGCACCACACCCAGCACCACUCCCAGCACCACACCCAGCACCACUGCAACCACCACUCCAACCUUCUCUCCCACCACCUCUCCCACGACCUCUCCCAGCACCACUGUCACCACCACUCCCACGACAUCUCCCACCACAACUCCCACCACCACUCCCACCACCACACCCACCACCUCUCACAGCGCAACUCCAACGACCUCUCCCACCGCCACUCCCACCACCUCUCCCAGCACCACUCCCACGACCUCUCCCACCACCACUCCCACCACCACACCCACCACCACUCCCACCACCACUGAAACCACCACUCCCAGCACCACUCCCACCACCACUCCCAGCACCUCUCCCACCAACACACCCACCACCACUCCCAGCACCUCUCCCACGACAUCUCCCACCACAACUCCCACCACCACUCCCACCACCACUCCCAGCACCACUCACACCACCACUCCCAGCACCACUCCCAGCACCUCUCCCACGACAUCUCCCACCACAACUCCCACCACCACUCCCAGCACCUCUCCCACCACCACUCCCAGCACCACUCCCAGCACCUCUCCCACGACAUCUCCCACCACAACUCCCACCACCACUCCCAGCACCACUCCCAGCACCACUCCCAGCACCACUCACACCACCACUCCCAGCACCUCUGCCACCACCACUCCCAGCACCACUCCCAGCACCUCUCCCACGACAUCUCCCACCACAACUCCCACCACCACUCCCAGCACCACUCCCAGCACCUCUCAGACCACCACACCCAGCACCACUCCCAUGACCUCUCCCACCACCACUCCCAGCACUACUCCCAGCACCACUCCCACAACCUCUCCCAGCACCACUCCCAGCACCACUCCUACCACCACUCCCAGCACCACUCCCACCAGCACUGCUACCACCACUCCAACCUUCUCUCCCACGACCUCUCCCAGCACCACUCCCAGCACGACUCCCACGACCUCUCCCAGCACAACUCCCAGCACUACUCCCAGCACCACUCCCAGCACCACACCCAGCACCACUGCAACCACCACUCCAACCUUCUCUCCCACCACCUCUCCCACGACCUCUCCCAGCACCACUGUCACCACCACUCCCACGACAUCUCCCACCACAACUCCCACCACCACUCCCACCACCACACCCACCACCUCUCAUAGUGCAACUCCAACGACCUCUCCCACCACCACUCCCACCACCUGUCCCAGCACCACUCCCACGACCUCUCCCACCACCAAUCCCACCACCACACCCACCACCACUCCAACCACCACUGAAACCACCACUCCCAGCACCACUCCCACCACCACUCCCAGCACCUCUCCCACCACCACACCCACCACCACUCCCAGCACCUCUCCCACGACAUCUCCCACCACAACUCCCACCACCACUCCCAGCACCACUCCCAGCACCACUCCCACCACCACUCCCAGCACCACUCCCAGCACCUCUCCCACGACAUCUCCCACCACAACUCCCACCAGCAAUCCCAGCACCACUCCCACCACCACUCCCAGCACCUCUCCCACCACCACUCCGAGCACCACUCCCAGCACCUCUCCCACGACAUCUCCCACCACAACUCCCACCACCACUCCCAGCACCACUCCCAGCACCUCUCCCACCACCACACCCAGCACCACUCCCAACACCUCCCCCACCACCACUCCCAGCACCACUCCCAGCACCACUCCCACGACCUCUCCCACCACCACUCCCAGCACUACUCCCAGCACCACUCCCACAACCUCUCCCAGCACCACUCCCAGCACCACUCCUACCACCACUCCCAGCACCACUCCCACCAGCACUGCUACCACCACUCCAACCUUCUCUCACACGACCUCUCCCACCACCACUCCCACCACCACUCCCAGCACUACUCCCAGCACCACUCCCACGACCUCUCCCACCACAACUCCCACCACCACUCCCACCACCACUCCCACGACCUCUCCCACCACCACUCCCAGCACCACUCCCAGCACCACUCCCACGACCUCUCCCUCCACCACUCCCAGCACCACUCCCAGCACCACUCCCACCACCACUGCAACCACCACUCCAACCUUCUCUCCAACCACCACUCCCACGACCUCUCCCAGCACCACUCCCAGCACCACUCCCACGACCUCUCCUUUUUCCACUCCCAGCACCACUCCCAGCACCUCUCCCAGCACCACUCCCAGCACCACUCUCACCAACACUCCCACCACCACUCCCAGCACCACUCUCACCACCACUCCCACCACCACUCCCACCACCACUCCCACGACCUCUCCCACCACCACUCCCAGCACCACACCCAGCACCACUCCCAGCACCACUGCAACCACCACUGCAACCUUCUCUCCCACCACAACUCCCAGCACCACUCCCACCACAACUCCCAGCACCACUCCCACAACCUCUCCCACCACCUCUCCCACCACCACUCCCACCACCACUCCCACCACCACUCACCACUCCCACACCACUGCAACUACAACUCCAACCUUCUCUCCCACCACCUCUCCCACAACCUCUCCCAGCACCACUGUCACCACCACUCCCACGACAUCUCCCACCACAACUCCCACCACCACUCCCACCACCACACCCACCACCACUCCCAGCACCUCUCCCAGCACCACUCCCAGCACCACUCCCACCACCACUCCCAGCACCACUCCCAGCACCUCUCCCACGACAUCUCCCACCACAACUCCCACCACCACUCCCAGCACCUCUCCCACCACCACUCCCAGCACCACUCCCAGCACCUCUCCCACGACAUCUCCCACCACAACUCCCACCACCACUCCCAGCACCACUCCCAGCACCACUCCCAGCACCUCUCCCACCACCACUCCCAGCACUACUCCCAGCACCACUCCCACAACCUCUCCCAGCAACACUCUCAGCACCACUCCUACCACCACUCCCAGCACUACUCCCAGCACCACUCCCACAACCUCUCCCAGCAACACUCCCAGCACCACUCCUACCACCACUCCCAGCACCACUCCCACCACCACUCCCAGCACCACUCCCACCAGCACUGCAACCACCACUCCAACCUACUCUCCCACGACCUCUCCCAGCACGACUCCCAGCACUACUCCCAGCACCACUCCCAGCACCACUCCCACCACCACUGAAACCACCACUGCCAGCACCACUCCCACCACCACUCCCAGCACCUCUCCCACCACCACACCCACCACCACUCCCAGCACCUCUCCCACGACAUCUCCCACCACAACUCCCACCACCACUCCCAGCACCACUCCCAGCACCACUCCCAGCACUUCUCCCACCACCACUCCCAGCACCACUCCCAGCACCACUCCCAGCACCUCUCCCACCACCACUCCCAGCACCACUCCCAGCACCACUCCCAGCACCUCUCCCACCACCACUCCCAGCACCACUCCCAGCACCACUCCCAGCACCACUCCCAGCACCACUGCAACCACCAGUCCAACCUUCUCUCCCACCACCUCUCCAACGACCUCUCCCAGCACCACUGUCACCACCACUCCCACGACAUCUCCCACCACAACUCCCACCACCACUCCCACCACCACACCCACCACCACUCCCAGCGCAACUCCAACGACCUCUCCCACCACCACUCCCACCACCACUCCCACCACCACUCCAACCACCACUCCCACCACCACUCCCAGCACCUCUCCCACCACCACUCCCAGCACUACUCCCAACACCACUCCCACGACCUCUCCCACCACCACUCCCAGCACCACUCCCAGCACCACUCCCACGACCUCUCCCACCACCACUCCCAGCACAACUCCCACCACCACUGCAACCACCACUCCAACCUUCUCUCCCACCACCACUCCCAGCACCACUCCCAGCACCACUCCCACGACCUCUCCCAACUCCACUCCCAGCACCACUCCCAGCACCACUCCCACCACUCCCAGCACCACUCUCACCACCACUCCCACCACCACUCCCAGAUCCACUCUCACCACCACUCCCACCACCACUCCCAGAACCACUCUCACCACCACUCCCACCACCACUCCCACCACCACUCCCACGACCUCUCCCACCACCACUCCCAGCACCACAUCCAGCACCACUCCCAGCACCAAUGCAACCACCACUCCAACCUUCUCUCCCACUACAACUCCCAGCACCACUCCCACAACCUCUCCCACCACCACUCCCACCACCACUCCCACCACCACUGCAACCACCACUCCCACCACCACUCCCACCCCCACUCCCAGCACCACUCCCAGCACCACUCCGAUGACCUUUCCCACCACCACUCCAACCACCACUCCCAGCACCACUCCCACGACCUCUCCCAGCACCACUCCCAGCACCACUCCCACGACCUCUCCCAGCACCACUCCCAGCACCAAUCCCAGCGUCACUCCCACCACCACUCCCAGCACCACUCUCACCACCAAUCCCACCACCUCUCCCACGACCUCUCCCACCACCACUCCCAGCACCACUCCCAACACCACUCCCAGCACCACUCCCACCACCACUCCCACGACCUCUCCCACCACCACUCCCAGCACCACUCCCAGCACCACUCCCACCACCACUGCAACCACCACUCCGACCUUCUCUCCCACCACCACUCCCACGACCUCUCCCACCACCACUCCCACCACUUCUCCCACCACCUCUCCCAGCAGCACUGUCACCACCACUCCCACGACAUCUCCCACCACCACUCCCACCACCACUCCCAGCACCUCUCCCACCACCACUCCCAGCACCAAUCCCAUGACCUCUCCCAGCACCACUCCCAGCCCCACUCUCACCACCACUCCCACCACCACUCACAGCACCACUCCCUGCACCACUCCCACCACCACUCCCACCACCACACCCACCACCACUCCCAGCGCAACUCCAACGACCUCUCCCACCACCACUCCCACCACCACUGCAACCACCACUCCCAGCACCACUCCCACCACCACUCCCAGCACCUCUCCCACCACCACUCCCACCAGCACUCCAACCACCACUCCCACCACCACUCCCAGCACAUCUCCCACCACCACUCCCACCACCACUCCCAGCACUACUCCCAGCAUCACUCCCACGACCUCUCCCACCACAACUCCCACCACCACUCCCACCACCACUCCCACGACCUCUCCCACCACCACUCCCAGCACCACUCCCAGCACCACUCCCACGACCUCUCCCUCCACCACUCCCAGCACCACUCCCAGCACCACUCCCACCACCACUGCAACCACCACUCCAACCUUCUCUCCCACCACCACUCCCACGACCUCUCCCAGCACCACUCCCAGCACCACUCCCACGACCUCUCCCAACUCCACUCCCAGCACCACUCCCACCACCACUCCCACCACCACUCCCACGACCUCUCCCACCACCACUCUCACCACCACUCCCACCACGACUCCCAGCACCACUCUCACCACCACUCCCACCACCACUCCCACCACCACUCCCACGACCUCUCCCACCACCACUCCCAGCACCACACCCAGCACCACUCCCAGCACCACUGCAACCACCACUGCAACCUUCUCUCCCACCAUAACUCCCAGCACCACUCCCACAACCUCUCCCACCACCUCUCCCACCACCACUCCCACCACCACUCCCACCACCACUGCAACCACCACUCCCACCACCACUCCCACCCCCACUCCCAGCACCACUCCCAGCACCACUCCGAUGACCUUUCCCACCACCACUCCAACCACCACUCCCAGCACCACUCCCAGAACCACUCCCACGACCUCUCCCAACACCACUCCCAGCACCACUCCCAGCACCACUCCCACCACUACUGCAACCACCACUCCAACCUUCUCUCCCACCACCACUCCCACCACCUCUCCCAGCACCACUCCCAGCACCACUCCCACGACCUCUCCCAGCACCACUCCCAGCACCACUCCCACCACCCCUCCCACGACCUCUCCCAGCACCACUCCCAGCACCACUCCCAGCACCACUCCCACCACCACUCUCACCACCACUCUCACCACCACUCCCACGACCUCUCCCAACUCCACUCCCAGCACCACUGCAACUACAACUCCAACCUUCUCUCCCACCACCUCUCCCACAACCUCUCCCAGCACCACUGUCACCACCACUCCCACGACAUCUCCCACCACAACUCCCACCACCACUCCCACCACCACACCCACCACCACUCCCAGCACCUCUCCCACCACCAUUCCCAGCACCACUCCCAGCACGUCUCCCACGACCUCUCCCACCACCACUCCCAGCACCACUCCCAGCAUCACUCCCACCACCACUCCCAGCACCACUCUCACCACCACACCCACCACCACUCCCAGCACCUCUCCCACCACCAUUCCCAGCACCACUCCCAGCACGUCUCCCACGACCUCUCCCACCACCACUCCCACCAGCACUCCCAGCACCAAUCCCAUGACCUCUCCCAGCACCACUCCCACCACCACUCCCAGCACCACUCCCAGCACCACUCUCACCACCACUCCCACCACCACUCCCACGACCUCUCCCACCACCACUCCCAGCACCACUGCAACCACCACUCCAACCUUCUCUCCCACCACCACUCCCACCACCACUCCCAGCGCCACUCCCAGCACCACUCCCACCACCACUCCCACCACCACUCCCACCACCACUCCCAGCGCCACUCCAACGACCUCUCCCACCACCACUCCCACCACCCCUCCCACGACCUCUCCCACCACCACUCCCAGCACCACUCCCAGCACCACUCCCACCACGUCUCUCACCAGCACUCCCACCACCACUCCCACGACCUCUCCCACCACCUCUCCCACCACCACUCCCAGCGCCACUCCCAGCACCACUCCCACCACCACUCCCACCACCACUCCCACCACCACUCCCAGCGCCACUCCAACGACCUCUCCCACCACCACUCCCACCACCCCUCCCACGACCUCUCCCACCACCACUCCCAGCACCACUCCCAGCACCACUCCCACCACUCUCACCACCACUGGAACCACCACUCCCACUAUGUCACCGACAUACACUCCCACCACCACUCCCACCACCACUCCCACCACCAAUCCCACCACCACUCCCACCACCACUCCCACCACCAAUCCCACCACCACUCCCACCACCACUUCCACCACCUCUCCCACCACCUCUCCCACCACCACUCCCACCACUUCUCCCACCACUACUCCCACCUCUAAUCUCAUCACCACUCCUAACAUGACUUCAACCACUACUCCCACUACUACUCGUCCUACCACUCCCACCACCUCUACCUUCGGUAUUCCCACCACCUCACCUACAGCCACUCCGAAUUUCAGUCCCACCACUGCUCCAAGCACCAUUCCCACCGCCACUCCCAACACCACUCCAACCUUCUCUUCCACCACCACUCCCACCAUUUCUCCCACCUCUACCUCAACCAGCAAUCCCUCUUCCACUCCCACCACCACUCCGACUACCACUCCAAGCAACACUCCAACCAACACUCUCACCACCACAGCCAUAACAGCCUCCACCACUCCCAGCACCACUGCCACCACCACUGCCACCACCACUCCCACCACCUCUCCCACCACCUCUCCCACCACCACUCCCAGCACCACUCCCACCACCACUCCCACCACCACUCCCAGCACCUCUCCCACCACCACUCCCAGCACCUCUCCCAGCACCACUGUCACCACCACUCCCACCACCACUCCCACCACCUCUCCCACCACCUCUCCCACCACCACUCCCAGCACCUCUCCCAGCACCACUCCCAGCACCACUCCCACCACCACUCCCAGCACCACUCCCAGCACCUCUCCCACGACAUCUCCCACCACAACUCCCACCACCACUCCCAGCACCUCUCCCACCACCACUCCCAGCACCACUCCCAGCACCUCUCCCACGACAUCUCCCACCACAACUCCCACCACCACUCCCAGCACCACUCCCAGCACCACCAGCACCACUGUCACCACCACUCCCACGACAUCUCCCACCAAAACUCCCACCACCACUCCCACCACCACACCCACCACCACUCCCAGCGCAACUCCAACGACCUCUCCCACCACCACUCCCACCACCACUCCCACCACCACUCCAACCACCACUCCCACCACCACUCCCAGCACCUCUCCCACCACCACUCCCAGCACUACUCCCAACACCACUCCCACGACCUCUCCCACCACCACUCCCAGCACCACUCCCAGCACCACUCCCACGACCUCUCCCACCACCACUCCCAGCACAACUCCCACCACCACUGCAACCACCACUCCAACCUUCUCUCCCACCACCACUCCCAGCACCACUCCCAGCACCACUCCCACGACCUCUCCCAACUCCACUCCCAGCACCACUCCCAGCACCACUCCCAGCACCACUCCCACCACCACUCCCAGCACCUCUCCCACCACCACUCCCACCACCACUCGCAGCACCUCUCCCAUGACCUCUCCCACCACCACUCUCACCACCACUCCCACCACCACUCCCAGAUCCACUCUCACCACCACUCCCACCACCACUCCCAGAACCACUCUCACCACCACUCCCACCACCACUCCCACCACCACUCCCACGACCUCUCCCACCACCACUCCCAGCACCACAUCCAGCACCACUCCCAGCACCAAUGCAACCACCACUCCAACCUUCUCUCCCACUACAACUCCCAGCACCACUCCCACAACCUCUCCCACCACCACUCCCACCACCACUCCCACCACCACUGCAACCACCACUCCCACCACCACUCCCACCCCCACUCCCAGCACCACUCCCAGCACCACUCCGAUGACCUUUCCCACCACCACUCCAACCACCACUCCCAGCACCACUCCCACGACCUCUCCCAGCACCACUCCCAGCACCACUCCCACGACCUCUCCCAACACCACUCCCAGCACCAAUCCCAGCGUCACUCCCACCACCACUCCCAGCACCACUCUCACCACCAAUCCCACCACCUCUCCCACGACCUCUCCCACCACCACUCCCAGCACCACUCCCAACACCACUCCCAGCACCACUCCCACCACCACUCCCACGACCUCUCCCACCACCACUCCCAGCACCACUCCCAGCACCACUCCCACCACCACUGCAACCACCACUCCGACCUUCUCUCCCACCACCACUCCCACGACCUCUCCCACCACCACUCCCACCACCUCUCCCACCACCUCUCCCAGCAGCACUGUCACCACCACUCCCACGACAUCUCCCACCACCACUCCCACCACCACUCCCAGCACCUCUCCCACCACCACUCCCAGCACCAAUCCCAUGACCUCUCCCAGCACCACUCCCAGCCCCACUCUCACCACCACUCCCACCACCACUCACAGCACCACUCCCUGCACCACUCCCACCACCACUCCCACCACCACACCCACCACCACUCCCAGCGCAACUCCAACGACCUCUCCCACCACCACUCCCACCACCACUGCAACCACCACUCCCAGCACCACUCCCACCACCACUCCCAGCACCUCUCCCACCACCACUCCCACCACCACUCCAACCACCACUCCCACCACCACUCCCAGCACCUCUCCCACCACCACUCCCACCACCACUGCCAGCACUACUCCCAGCAUCACUCCCACGACCUCUCCCACCACAACUCCCACCACCACUCCCACCACCACUCCCACGACCUCUCCCACCACCACUCCCAGCACCACUCCCAGCACCACUCCCACGACCUCUCCCUCCACCACUCCCAGCACCACUCCCAGCACCACUCCCACCACCACUGCAACCACCACUCCAACCUUCUCUCCCACCACCACUCCCACGACCUCUCCCAGCACCACUCCCAGCACCACUCCCACGACCUCUCCCAACUCCACUCCCAGCACCACUCCCAGCACCUCUCCCAGCACCACUCCCAGCACCACUCUCACCACCACUCCCACCACCACUCCCAGCACCACUCUCACCACCACUCCCACCACCACUCCCACCACCACUCCCACGACCUCUCCCACCACCACUCCCAGCACCACACCCAGCACCACUCCCAGCACCACUGCAACCACCACUGCAACCUUCUCUCCCACCAUAACUCCCAGCACCACUCCCACAACCUCUCCCACCACCUCUCCCACCACCACUCCCACCACCACUCCCACCACCACUGCAACCACCACUCCCACCACCACUCCCACCCCCACUCCCAGCACCACUCCCAGCACCACUCCGAUGACCUUUCCCACCACCACUCCAACCACCACUCCCAGCACCACUCCCAGAACCACUCCCACGACCUCUCCCAACACCACUCCCAGCACCACUCCCAGCACCACUCCCACCACUACUGCAACCACCACUCCAACCUUCUCUCCCACCACCACUCCCACCACCUCUCCCAGCACCACUCCCAGCACCACUCCCACGACCUCUCCCAGCACCACUCCCAGCACCACUCCCACCACCCCUCCCACGACCUCUCCCAACUCCACUCCCAGCACCACUGCAACUACAACUCCAACCUUCUCUCCCACCGCCUCUCCCACAACCUCUCCCAGCACCACUGUCACCACCACUCCCACGACAUCUCCCACCACAACUCCCACCACCACUCCCACCACCACACCCACCACCACUCCCAGCACCUCUCCCACCACCAUUCCCAGCACCACUCCCAGCACGUCUCCCACGACCUCUCCCACCACCACUCCCAGCACCACUCCCAGCAUCACUCCCACCACCACUCCCAGCACCACUCUCACCACCACACCCACCACCACUCCCAGCACCUCUCCCACCACCAUUCCCAGCACCACUCCCAGCACGUCUCCCACGACCUCUCCCACCACCACUCCCACCAGCACUCCUAGCACCAAUCCCAUGACCUCUCCCAGCACCACUCCCACCACCACUCCCAGCACCACUCCCAGCACCACUCUCACCACCACUCCCACCACCACUCCCACGACCUCUCCCACCACCACUCCCAGCACCACUGCAACCACCACUCCAACCUUCUCUCCCACCACCACUCCCACCACCACUCCCAGCGCCACUCCCAGCACCACUCCCACCACCACUCCCACCACCACUCCCACCACCACUCCCAGCGCCACUCCAACGACCUCUCCCACCACCACUCCCACCACCCCUCCCACGACCUCUCCCACCACCACUCCCAGCACCACUCCCAGCACCACUCCCACCACUCUCACCACCACUGGAACCACCACUCCCACUAUGUCACCGACAUACACUCCCACCACCACUCCCACCACCACUCCCACCACCAAUCCCACCACCACUCCCACCACCACUCCCACCACCAAUCCCACCACCACUCCCACCACCACUUCCACCACCUCUCCCACCACCACUCCCACCACCACUCCCACCACCAAUCCCACCACCACUCCCACCACCACUUCCACCACCUCUCCCACCACCACUCCCACCACCACUCCCACCACCACUCCCACCACCACUCCCACCACUUCUCCCACCACUACUCCCACCUCUAAUCUCAUCACCACUCCUAACAUGACUUCAACCACUACUCCCACUACUACUCGUCCUACCACUCCCACCACCUCUACCUUCGUACCAUUGAAGUUCCUUCGUAUUAAUUUGAUAUCGGUGCAAAGUGAAGCAAUUGCCAUUACUUGGGAUACUAACCAGGCACUCAAGCAGCCAGCUUUCAGUGUUACAAUCUCUCUGGGAAGUGGUACCGUGAACAGUGUUCAAACUGAACAAGCAAAAGUAAACUUCAGCAAUCUCCAGCCCGACGCUGAAUAUGAGAUUGUUGUAUCAACAAAGACCUGCGGUCAGCAACAGACAAUCACAAAGAAGGUCAGAACAGCUGCUGACGUGUUGGAAGUAAUAUCAAGAAUUACAAAUGUAGAGUUCACACCAGCUUUUAAGGAUAAAAGCAGCCGGGAAUACAAAGAAUUUGUGAAGAAUUUCACCACUGAUUUGAAGAAAGGAUUUAGUGAAAAUGCCAAGGCUUUAAUCAAUGCAAGAAAAAUGAGAGUCAUUGUCACCUCCAUUGAGAAAGGGAGUGUGAUUGUCAAGUUUGAUGUUGUAACAUCAAAAGAAGUGGCUAUCAGUACAUCAGACAUCAGUGAAACAGUAAUUAAAUCUUUAAACAGCAGUCAAGAAUUUACUGCAGACCUUCAAAACACAACUAUCAUUGAAAGAGAUAGUUGCCAGCCAGGGCUGAACGAUUGUUCGGGUAAUGGAACUUGUAUCAGAUUGAAUGCCACCUACACCUGCCAGUGCAAUGCUGGCUUCACAGAUACAAGCCCCACCACUCCAGGACGAGUAUGUGAAGAUGUGGACGAGUGUCAGACAGGCAACAACUCAUGCUCUGAUUUUGCUCUCUGUACAAACAACCCAGGCAAUUUCUCAUGCAGCUGUUUCCAGGGAAUUAUAGACACCAAUCCAGUGAACCCAGGAACACAGUGCAAAGGUAAAGAACUGAACUGUUUAACUCUGGAGUGA